UUUUCCUCUUUACACGUAGCUACAGUUAUUUUGCAGAUCCACUCCACAAAAUUCUCCGAUUCGAUUUCUCUAGUUUUUCCGGUGUGUUUUGUUUGUCUGGUUUUGAUCGCGUCGUCGGCGGGACGUUAUUCUUCAUCCUUGAUUAUACCGGUAAGUAGACAGGGAAGUUUUAGGAUUAGAAUUCGGUGCAAGGUGAUACUAUGGAUGGUAUGAAAGCUAUGGCUGCAAAAAGAAAAUCUAAGAGGAAGAAGAAGAUGGAAAUGUUAGAUCCGGUGGAGAGGAAAAAACGGAGAGUGAAGGAAUUAGUGGCUAAGUCGGAAAAAAUCUGUUCAGAACUGAUGAAAAAGAAGCAGAAACAGAAAGAAGAACAAGGAAGGCUUGACAAGCAAAGUGAUACUAAGAAGAAGAAAAAGAGAAAGAGGAAGAACACAAAGGAGCAGAACAGACGAAGGAACGAGGCGAAGAAGGAAAAAUGGAUAUUGAAGAGAGAGUCUGCUAAAUCGGGAGCCAUUUGUUGGAAACUGGCAAAAAAGAAACGGCAAGUGAGAGAAGCACUAGAGAGGCUCGACAGGGAAGGAGCAGCCAUAGCUGAGGCAGUUGCGCUGCGUGUGCUGCUCGAUGAAGACUCGGAGGAUGUAAUAAAUUGCAGGGGUGAAGGGGCAACCUCGAUGGAUCAUGUUGGCAGCAGCGCAGGGCGUGGUUAGAGCGAGAAAGUGUCGGUCGAGGAUGAAUAGGGUUUGAAGAUAAUCGGGCUUUGGUUCGAUCGAAAGGUUACAUGCCCGUUAGGAUGGUGGUUUACUAAUUGUUAGUCUUGUAUAAAAAUAUAUUGUGUGCUAAAAUCAUUUAUUGUAUGUCCUGUAUGAGACUAUAGCAUGUGCUGUCAGUCAUCGUAUUUUAUUGUCUACAAUAAUAUCAUAUAUUAGCAUA